UUUUCUCCCGGUUCCUUCCAGGCUAAAGUUCCUACGAGUCACCAGCCAUCUAAUCUCAUUGUACUGGAGUCCCAAUGAAGGUGAGCGGUCUCUGUUUACCUGAGACACCUGUGCUCCUGUGUUGUUAAUACACACAUUUACGUCCGACGUCCGGCUGGGAGAGGACGAAAAACCAGCAGCUACAAGGAUGAAGGGGCUGCCUGUGUUGUCCCUGCUCCUCUGGAUGUGUGCGGUGUUCUUCGUGGGCAUCUACUUGUUCGUGGGUGGGUUCUUGCUGGUCAGGCUGGAGGUUAACAGGACCAGCACGUGUGGAGACGUGUUGGAGCCCGGAGAGGAGCCGGUGGACUUCUGUCGAGCUCAGCCGCGCUUCCGCAGGGUUGUCCUCCUCAUCAUCGACGCCCUGAAGAUCGACUUCGCCAGGUAUGACCCCCACAACGCGGCGCCGCGACCUUAUGAGAAUAAGCUACCUGUGCUGGAAGAGGCAGUGUCAUCCAGGCCUUUACAAAGUCGCUUGUACCCCUUCCGUGCUGACCCACCUACGACCACCAUGCAGAGGAUCAAGGGUUUCACGACUGGAUCUUUGCCGACCUUUGUAGAUGUAGGUAACAACUUUGCAUCCAGUGCCAUCUUGGAGGACAAUCUUAUUCACCAGUUUGGACAAGCAGGCAAACGAGUAGUGUUUAUGGGCGAUGACACUUGGGAGAGUCUUUUUCCUAAGAGAUUCUACCGCUCUCUGCCCUUCCCUUCAUUUAAUGUCAAGGAUCUGCACACUGUGGAUAAUGGAAUCCUGCAGCACCUCUACAACACUAUGGUGGGUGAUGACUGGGACGUCCUAGUCGCUCAUUUCCUUGGGGUGGAUCACUGCGGUCACAGGUUUGGCCCGGACCACCCAGCCAUGGCUGAGAAACUCACCCAGAUGGAUGGAGUCAUCAGGUCUGUGAUUGAGCGUCUGCAGAACGACACCCUCUUGGUGGUGAUGGGAGAUCAUGGAAUGACAGAUACUGGAGAUCAUGGUGGAGAAAGUCAGAAAGAGACUGAUGCUGCCAUCUUCCUCUACAGUCCUUCCCCCAUCUUUUCUGGACCCCCAUCACAGAAUGAACCAGAUGUGGUGCCACAGACUGAUCUGGUGCCCACCCUGGCUCUGCUGCUGGGAGUUCCUAUUCCAUAUAGUAAUGUGGGGCAGGUUAUCCUGCCUCUGUUUUCACCACAUGGGCAGACAGAAGGUGCAGUUGGAAGCCUCAGCCAGCUGGAGGCACUGUGGAUCAACACAAAACAGGUCAACCGUUUCCUGGAGACUUACUCUGGCAUGGCCAAAGACAUCCCACCAGAGAGCCUCUCUCAGCUGAAGAAUGAAUUUGCCCUUCUCUCUUCUAUAUAUCUCAACGCUGUUAGAGAGGGUCGCUCACCCUCCCCGGAGCUGGCCUCUUCUCUGCAGGCUUACCUCACCUCUGUCAGAGACACCUGCCGAGCCACCUGGGCCCGAUUUAACCCACUGAAAAUGGCAGCAGGUUUAGCCAUCCUGGCGUUUGCUUGCCUGAUGUGUUUCAUCCUGUCCGAACUGUCCCUAGUGCUGAUCGGGGAGAAUGGUGUACGACUGAAGGCCCUAGUUGUUAUGUCACUAACAGUAGGGGUUAGUGUGGCUGCUGCUCAGCUGCUCGCACAGGGCUACAUUGAGGGGAUGUGGUGCCUUGCAGCUGCUGCCUUCAGCUCUGAACUUCUUUUCCUCUGGCGUUCAUGUCGACUGAGUACCCCUACAGUGUCAAAAAACGGAACUAAAGCUCCAAAGCGUGUUAGCUGGCUGAUCCCGUGUCACGUCCUCGUCCCUUCUCUUUUGUUUCCACUCCUUCGCUGUGCCUCUCUGCUCUCGGACAGCUAUGUAAUUGCAGAAGGCCGGGUUGUGACAUUUUUGGUGUUAUCCCUGGCCCUAUGUAUUCCCAUCCAACUCAACUGGGAUGGCCUACUUUUCCCCCCAAGCCAUGACCCGCUGAAGCCCGCCGGGUUGCUGCCUUCCCCAGCUUUGUCUUCAUCGGCUGUGAGGAAGGAAAGCUGCACGCUUCUAGCCUGCUUAGGACUCCUUGUUGGCAGCCUCUACCUCUCCCUCUCAUUCCACGGCUGUCGAGAAGAGCAGGGCUCCUGCCAGCCAUCUGCUUUUCUUUCCCCUCUUUCCCGGUUGCAGGACAACCAGCUGAAGAACCUCCAUUAUGUCCUCUCUGUCAUUUCUCUCGGAUUGUGGACAUAUCUGCUAAGAUGCUUUCUCUGCCACUAUGGUAAUCUGAACUCAUCAGGCGGGACUGUGUUUACAGCCCGCUGGAUCCUACCACUGCUGUCUGUGUGCCUGGGGCUCCACUGGGCUGUUAGUGCCACUCCGGAGGACAGCUUCAGGAAUCUAGCUGAGCUGAUCCGUUUGGCACAGCUGGCCCUUCCCAGGGGUGCCUUCUGUCUGCUGGGAUUGGGGCUUUCCCUGAUCUGGCUAGACCCUCUCACUGUGUUCGUGAAGACCAGGACUCCGGCUUCAGCCAAAAGUUUACAUCUACCCCCACCCCGUUAUCGAGCAAGCAUUGGCAUCAGCCCCCAAGCUGAGCUGCACCACCUUAUCCCACAGAUCUAUCAGCGCAUGCGUCGUUCCCUGGAUGACGGAGAGCUGAGCGGGGCCAGUGAAGUGGACAGCAGACCUGCUGUGGAGGCCUAUGGACUUGGAACAGUCUACUCUGCUCCUGUGCUGCUGUUUAGCGGCUUGCUGGGAAUUGGUCUGCUGCUGCUGCACCCAGAGGGCAUGGCUCUGUCUUUCCUCCUGCUGCUGUUGGAAAUGGGAGCUCUGUUGCACAUUCACGCCUCGUCUGCAGUGCUUAGUGGCCUGCAUGGAAAAUAUUCUAGUGGUUUUAAUGUGCCUUGGACUCCAGUAGUUCUCUGGGCCCUGGCUGCCACCCAGUUCUUCCACGCCACAGGUCAUCUACCCACCUUCCCCUCUAUCCAGUGGGGUGCUGCCUUUGUGGGAUUCCCUGAAGGACACACGGGCACUGUACUGCCUGCCUCACUGGUUACCCUCAAUACAUUUUCUUCACACAUUCUCUUUGCUGUGAGUUGUCCAUUAUUACUGUUCUGGCCCCUGGUUUGUGAGGUGCGUGGGAGCAGAGGACAAGCCUGCGGGGAUGAAGGAGAGGAUGCUGUGAUGGAGAUGAGACUGAGGGAAAACCCUCAGCUGUUCAGCUCUGCUCUUCUACAACUCUCAACACGCUACCUCCUUAUUCACGGAGCACAGGUCUUUGCCUCAGUCUGUGCAGCUGCUAUACUCAGGAGACACCUAAUGGUGUGGAAGGUUUUUGCACCCAAGUUAAUGUUUGAGGCCUCAGGGUUCCUGGUGAGCAGCGUGUUUCUGCUAAUUGGGGUCACAUUAGUGCUGAGAGUAGAUGUGGCUGUGGGCCGGUGGUUUAAAAGACUCAUCCCAGAUGCAUCCAGGUAGCAAAGGCGCUGCUGCAGCUGCUUGCCCACCAGAGCCCACUAAAGCUCACUGUGCCACACAGGAAAUGGACAUGGUGGUCACUGAAUUGGAUUUUUUUUUUUAAAGAAAAAUGUUGCCUUUGGCGAUAAGGAAACCUAUAAACAUGUCAUCUGGCAUGUCAUACUGUGAUUCUUGAGGGCUAUGUUGUGCAACACUGACCCUAAGGAACUUUAGUACAUGGAAUCUUAGGUUGGGUGAACAUGGAGCAUUUGGACCUUUUUAUACUGCGGUUUGAUUGAAAUGACCCCACAAAUGGGAUGGAGAAGGACUUUGAGGCUCCUUUAAAUUUGCAUGUAGUUAGAGAGAUAACAUCUGAUAGAUGUUUUUGAAUGUUUCUCUUCAACUUUUCUAAUUUAUGGAUAAAACAGUCUUGCAAGUGAUUCAUAAGUGUUGGAAAAACUGCAUCAUAUACAUAGAGUUUACAUACUCUGAUUGCCUGGCCAGCUGAUUUAAAAAAAAAAUCCAUCUGGUCCUUUUUAAUAUGUAAUUCUUUUUUAAAGAAGUACAUUUAUAUGCGGCGUAGUAGCAGCAUUGACAGUCUGCUGUGAUGGGAAAGCACCUUUGAAAUGAAGAAAUUUCUACUUGGUAAAAUAACAUUUAAUUUUCAUUUUUUUUUUCUACAUUGUUGAGUGGGUGGAUGUUCAGGUUUUUUAUUUGCUUUGUGAUUUUUAAUAUGUGGCUUUUCACAUACUUUGAGACCACAAAGGUAAAACUGCUCGACUGUGUUUGGAGCUACUUUGUGAUCACUUUGGAAGCAGGUUCUUUCUUGUUUUUUUUGUUUUUUUAAUUAAUAUUUUUCAGUGCAUUACAGCAGGUUGUUCACAUGUCUGCUAAAAUUAAAUG